CCUCGAGCGACCGGAGCCUCUGGGGACACGUCCCCCUCGCCUCGCGCGGCCCAGCCCUCAAAUUCGGCGGUGCGGCGGCGGAGGGGCAGGCUGGGCGCAGGCAGUGUGUUCCGGGCCCAGGGGCCUGGAGGGGACGGUGAGAACUGCUCAUUCGAGUAUGUCUGGGAUUCGAGAAGGAAUUGGAAGCAAACGGAGGCGCUGACCCCCGCGCUCUUUCAAGUACCAGGGUUCUGCCAGGCUGCGGGACUUGGAGCUGCCAGAGAGUCUCCCUGAGCCGGGGAGGGGUCGUGUGCGCGGUGCGGGGUCUUUGCCGCCCUGGGUGGGCUUCGGGCCGUGCCCCUCCCCUUUGUUGUGCAGUGAGACCAGUGGCGCCUCCGCUGGGACCUACAUUCGGAACCCCGCGCCCUCGCCAUAAAAGAGGUGAACUGGCAAUGUCCAAGGAGCUGCCCCCGAGACCCUGGGGUCCUAGCAGAGGCGCCCCGAUGCCAAGGGGCGCAUGGCCCACGCUACCCCAGAGGAAAGCCCGACGGAGCCGGGCUUGUCAAAAGCCAGCGGCGGCAGCGCGCUGGGCCUUCCACCCUGGCCUCUCCGCCGUCCUCAGCCGCUUCCCUGCCGGGAUUCGAACCCCGACGGAGCCCCCACUGCUGGGGGGUGGGGUGUCCAGGCUUGCGCCCGCCCGCUUACUGCCCCGGACGGAGAAGGCGCUCUCUGCCCGGCCGGGAUGCCCACUGACCGCCGCCUCUGUUGUUUCCGGCCCUUGCCACGGCAGGCUCCAGCAGGGAGCAGAAUUGCGCUGGGGCGCUGGCCAGGAGAACACAAACACAGGGUCGCCCUCCCGCCUCGGCACCCCAGAUUCUCCCAGCCAGGUGGCAGCCAGCAGGACCCGAGGUCAGGAAGGCCCAGCCUCUUCUGGGGGUGCCCCAGCUCACUCAGGCCCUCUCUGUGCUCCCUCCCUCAGCUCAUGCGGUGGUGACAAUUGUGGAGCAGUCUCCAGACUCUGGGACUGCACCCUUGCCGGGGCCCAGGAGAGGAGGGCGGGCGUCCGGGGAGAGGGCCUGUCGGUGCUGUCUCUGGCCGGUGUCCCCUAGGGCCCUGGAGGGUGGGGAGGACUACAGCUCCGAGCCUGCCUGGGGAGGAGUAAGCUAGCGGUCAAGGGUGACCAGGAAGACAGCCGAGGUGCCGACACCCCCAGGGUGCUCUCUCGAAUCAGCCCCAUCAGCUUGAGAAGCCCGGGCGGGCCGUCCCCAAGGCCAUGGCCCUGGCCGAGGUUGGGUCCCGGCCUGGCCAGGCCCUGCCCCCGCGUGGUGAGACUUAGACCUGACGGAGAGCAGGUCAGGCCUCAGGGAGAGUCCUGAGGAGCAAAAGGGUGGAGCAGGGGAAAUCAGAUGCAGGUCCUCCGGGGCGCCCAGCUCUGUGUCCUGCCCCACCGCGGACAUUAAGAGACUUGGGGAAACAGCUUGGGCCAGGGGGGCGCUCAGCCAGAAUAGGGCAGUUUUCAUUUCAAUGGUACCAAAAGGUUUAAAGGCUGUUUUCAAACUGAGCUAAGCUUUGGGGAUUCUUGUGGCCGGGCCAAAGCUGGGACCUGGGGACUCCGCACUGGGGUGGGAGUACGCAAGUGCCACCCACCCCGUCCCUGGUGCCCUCCACAGGGGCUUCUGUCCCUGCCAGACUGUCCAAGGCUGGUGGCGUGUGGGUCGGCCACAGUGAUGUGCUCUACGCCCUAUGGUGUUUGGGAACAGACUUCAAUGCUGCGGUCUAGGGGACGGGAGGGGGGACUUCUACCACCAACUUCUGCCGCAACCUAGAAUCCUGCUUCAGGCCAGAGCUCAGCACACUCCCAGCCUCACCAGCAAGCAGGGAGGUGCAGCUGGAGACCCAAGACCAGAUGAACUCCUUUGAGAAAAGGCUGGGCUCGGGAGAGAGCACGUGAAGUUGCUCCUGCAGGGCUAUCGUAAGCCUCACUGCGGGCCCCAGGGCUCCCAAGAAGCCCAUUUGUAAUAAACCACACUGGGGUACCGUGCACUCCCAGCGUCCAAACUGCGGGGCUGGAGGGUCCCUUUGCUCGGCCAGGAAGGGGCCCCAUGCCAACUGGAAGAGGCCGUGCCUGUGGAGAGGAGGUCCACAUCGUGAGGUCUGUGGGCCUGGAGGUGCAGGGUCAGAGCCGUCCAGCGGCCCAGCGCAGGACCUCUGCAGACUGUGGCUGCGGGGUGGGAACAGGCAGCCAACGGGCCAGAUGCACUGACUCCGCUAGGUUCCCGCUGCUUUCCUCCACGUUCCCCUCAGUGUUCGCUGAAUUUGGCCACUGGCUCCAGGCACUCAGUCUCCAGGCUCCAUCGGAUGACAAGUCAAGUUCUGUUCACCCUCCAGUUUCUGCUCAGAAAAGAGUAGCUGAGAGAAUAAAAGCAGGCUCCGUUCGUUGACGUGGGGUCUCCUCUCCGGAGACCCGGAAUUGCCCCAGGAGGCGUCCAGACCACCAGUCCUCGCCCCACCCCCGACUUGGGGCCACCGAGUCAGGCCGAGAUGGGGGUCUCCCUCCCUGGGCACAUUCUGCCCCACACUAGGUGGAAAUGGCCCCCAUUUGAGCAGCAGCAGGAGACCACGCGGGAUGCUUGGGGACAAGCAGUAUGGUUCCCACUGCACACAGAAGAGAGCGGAGAUGGUCUCUGUGGCCAGCAGGGGACCCAGUCGGGGGCUGAAUGCAGAGGGCUUCCAGCCUGGGGUGAACAGUGUUUGGUCCAGCAUGGGGUGGGGGGGCACAGGCAACCCACAGAGCCCUUUCCUCCCCGGCCGGACCUCCACACUGGCCCCACGGUGGGUGCUGCCCCAGCACCGCUCCUCAGCCCCAGACUGGGACCACAGGAGCCUCCCUGGACCCUGGGGUUAGUAUUUCAGACCUCCUUUUGCCCCUCUUCCUACCCCAGGCCCAGAGACACUCGCUGUGACCCAGGUAAGUUUAGAAGCCAGAAGCACACAGGACCCGAUUUCUGGCCAGCGAGUUCAGAAGCUAUGUGGCGACUCAGAGCGGAGGCCUCCCGGCACCCACACCCAGUCCCUGGUUCUGGAGUGGGUCACAGAGAGGGUUGGGACGCUCCCAACCAAGACUUCCCAGGAAUGUGAGCCAUGUAGCUGAUUUCGAACAAACCCCAGAUGUUUAGAAGCCUACUUCCUUCUCAGGCAGGAGGACGCUCUCUCUUGUAGACCGGCAGCCCCUUGGGAGGGCUCCGGUGAUUUCUCUGCGGGGAUCUUGGAGUCCUGGCUAAGGCCACCAUCUUGCAGGAGCGCAGAUGCUCAUAAGGGGCACCUGGGGUCUGCCACGUGCUUUGGGGGGAUGUGAUGAGUUUUGUUUUCUUUUUUUUAAUUUAAGAGAUUGAGGCUGUGGGCUUGAACUCCCUCGUUUGAGCCAGGUGGGAGUUGACUCCAGUAUCUCGGCCCAAACCGGCACCCCAAGAAGCGCAGGAAGUCCCUGGCGACUCGUUCCGCCGCAGCGCGCAAAGCGGGAGGGACUCAGCGGCUAAGUCCCGGGGCUCCAGCAACCGCGCGCGGGCUCCGGCUCUGGCUCCGGCCUCGGCCGCCGAGAGCAGUAAACGGAAUCGGUUUCCCACGCUUUCCCUCUCCAUGCCAGAACUUUUCAAAACCCGCUUAAGAAUUCCGUCGUCCAAUUUGCGCGGAUCCUGAGCCUCGCGUUCACCCCGCCCCACCUGGAGAGAGGACCCUCGCGCCGCCCGCACCCCCGGGCCGCCCGCCCGCGCACGUGGGGAGCAACUUCGUUCCCCUCAGCGCCCUGGCCCUGCGGCGCGGGCAGAGCUCCGCCCCGCAGAGGUGGCACUGCGGUCGCUCCGGAACGCUGCCCGCGUAGACGCGGCCGCCGCCUCCUGCUCCAGGUUCCGGCUGCGCGCAGGCAGGGCCCUGUGGCAACAACGAAAACGGAGAGCCGCGUCGCUUUCCGGGCGUCCGAGUCCCGGGAGCCUCUGGGUGGGAGCCUGCCCUCCGCGUCCCCAGACGCCUCAGAGCCGAGCAGACUCCGCCAUCCACACCUGGGCUUGCCAAGCCCUCUCCUCUGCGUCCUCUGAACCUUGGUCCCUUCCCCUACACCCCGACCCCGUUAGUCUGUAAACCAAAUUUCGCCUUUGGUCCUGCCGCGUCCUCCCGACGUAACCGUGGAGGAGGAUUUCUUCACGCCUCAGUUUCCCCAUCUGUGCAGUGGGGCAAAAUACUCCUGCGCCCCUCCCAGGGUUGAUGUGGGAUUGGCAGGGAGAGCGGAGGAUGGAAAACGCCCGGCGGGGCCCAGCGCUGCCCACCUUUUGGGGCUCAGAGGUCGUGCCCAGACCGCAAGGGGCCCAAGGUUGCUCUUGAGCGAUCGC